AUGCCGCCCGCCCCUGUCCCGCCCGCCCCUGUCCCGCCCGCCCUGGUCCCGCCUGCGCCUGCGCCAGUGCCGCCGCCGCCCCCACCGCCCCCACCGCCGCCACCGGUCUAUCCAGCCAUAGAAAUGCCCUUCCCGUUGAUGGUUCUCGGAGUACCACCGCCCCCGCCGCUCACAACGGGUAUAAUCCCGCCCUUGGUCGGCGGUCUACCCCCGCCCGCACCCAUGCUCCCCGGCCCGAUCCUGGCCCUUGCACUCGCAGCUGGCCAAACCAGCGCAACCGUGCACCUGCUCGACGCCCCCACCCGACUGGCGCUCCUCCAGGCCUGCAGAACCUUCGAGGAGCUCCUCGCCGUGCGCACGCAUUGCCGCGAGCUCUUCGAAGUGUACGAGCUCAACUCCAGCGCGCUGCUCACGCUUAUGACCGCACGCUACUUCGCCGCCCUCAGCGGUGUCCCCUCGACCGCCGCACUCGUCGAGCCCGCAAAGGAGAUCCUGAUCUACCAGCGCUACAUCGUGCAGGGCGAGCUCUCGCGGGAGGGCCAGCGCGCGCUCACAGGCCUACUAUAUGACCGCCUCGUCACCAAGGACAGGAACAACGUCUGGAUGCGCGCCAUCGAUGUCCGCCAGCUGAAGGAGAAUAACUACUUCUAUGAGCGCUUCAGCGUGUUCUACCACGACCAGCUGGCGCACGCCACGUACCCGUAUGAUGGCGACCCGCGGCACUGGGCCAUACUGCAGGACGAGCGGCAUCUCGAUAUUACCAUGGUCCCGACCGUCGUCAGUGAAAGUCCGGGGCUGCAGUCGGUCGAGUUUGAGGUUGAUGAUGUGCUCACCAUGACGGACUUUUAUGCGGCGUGGCUGCUGACGUACCGCUUCAAGUAUGAGAGCAUCGCGACGUUUGCGAGGCGGACGCAGCCGAUGACGCCCGCGAACUUGGGGAAGAUCCACUUCAUUGCGUUCCUGAUGGACCAGUUCUAUCUCUCGCAGAUCCCGUUCAACAGGAAGUCGAGUGGCCGCUCCGGACCGCUGAAUGCGAACCUGGGGGUGCAGCGGGCGGUUGUGAAGACGUCGGUGCUGACGGGGUGGCGGAAUAGGUGUUUUAUGGGUGUGUGGUACCCGCUGAAGAUUGCGGAGGAGGGGUUCUUCAGCCUGGACUUUUCGAAGGGCGUCUGGGAGAAGAUUAUGGUGAACCGUCGGAUGGUGGGGUGGGCGUUCUUCCAGCGGAAUAAUUGGGGCAUCUUUACGGAGGUGAGGGGCGGGGGCCAUCUGAUGUACUGGAAGAUGUUGGCGCAUUUGGCAGAUACGAUGUGGCAGACGGCGGCGGUGGAGGAGCGCGAGGAUAGGACGUGGGAGGAGGUGUUUUUAGAUAUAAAGAUGGACUUUGAUGAGGAUUUUGGCGUGUUGGGGACGUUGGAGCUGGCGGCGAAGUAUAACUUGGUGGAUACUAAUUAA